ACCGCCGAGCCCAGUUGCCGGCUCUCGGCUCUCCGCUGGCUGUAGCAGAGCCGACACCGCUGGUGGCGACCCGCAGCUCCGCACGAUCCCUCCUUGGCGGCUGUGGCCCACGCCCAGCGGCAUGAGCUGGUGACCAACAGGAGGCAGCCGUGGCCGAGCCCUCCUGCUGCCCACUCGAGACUGUGGAGCAGGUCAUGCUCCUGCCCUCGGAGUUCCCGUGGCUCCUGGUCCCCUCCAGCACUUGGUGUUUGAAGCGUACAUUUUUCCAUGCUGGCGUGUGAGGGCGAGGCUGUCUGUGUCAUUAUGUGUGCGUCGGUCAAGUACAACAUCCGGGGUCCUGCCCUCAUCCCGAGAAUGAAGACCAAACACCGCAUCUACUACGUCACCCUCUUCUCCAUCGUCCUGCUGGGCCUCAUCGCCACGGGCAUGUUUCAGUUCUGGCCGCACUCCAUCGAGUCCUCGAGCGACUGGAGCGUCGAGAAGCGCAGCGUCCGCGACGUGCCGGUGGUCAGGCUGCCGGCCGACAGCCCCGUCCCCGAGCGCGGCGACCUCAGCUGCAGGAUGCACACGUGCUUCGACGUCUACCGCUGCGGCUUCAACCCCAAGAACAAGAUCAAGGUGUAUAUUUACUCGCUGAAGAAGUACGUGGAUGACGCGGGGGCAGUGAGCAGCACCAUCUCGCGGGAGUACAACGAGCUGCUCACGGCCAUCUCGGACAGCGACUACUACACGGACGACAUCACCCGGGCCUGCCUCUUCGUCCCGUCCAUCGACGUGCUCAACCAGCACACGCUCCGCGUGAAGGAGACCGCGCAGGCGCUGGCCCAGCUCUCCAGGUGGGAUCGAGGUACCAAUCACCUCCUGUUCAACAUGUUGCCUGGAGGUCCCCCAGAUUAUAACACGGCUCUGGAUGUCCCGAGAGAUAGGGCUCUGUUGGCUGGUGGUGGCUUUUCUACAUGGACCUACCGGCAAGGCUACGACGUCAGCAUUCCUGUCUAUAGUCCUUUGUCAGCCGAGGUGGACCUUCCAGAGAAAGGACCAGGCCCUCGGCGGUUCUUCCUCCUGUCGUCCCAGGUGGCUCUCCACCCUGAGUACAGAGAGGAGCUGGACGCCCUCCAGGCCCGACACGGAGAGGCAGUGUUAGUCCUGGACAAGUGCACCAAUCUCUCCGAGGGCGUCCCCGCCGCCCGGAAGCGCUGCCACAAGCACCAGGUCUUCGAUUACCCGCAGGUGCUGCAGGAGGCUACUUUCUGUGUGGUCCUUCGCGGAGCUCGCCUGGGCCAGGCGGUCCUGAGUGAUGUGCUUCGGGCUGGCUGCGUCCCCGUGGUCAUUGCGGACUCCUAUGUUUUGCCUUUCUCCGAAGUUCUUGACUGGAAGAGAGCAUCUGUGGUCGUGCCAGAAGAAAAAAUGUCGGAUGUGUACAGUAUUCUGCAGAGCAUCCCACGCAGGCAGAUGGAAGAAAUGCAGAGACAGGCACGGUGGUUCUGGGAAGCCUACUUCCAGUCAAUCAAAGCCAUUGCCCUGGCCACCCUGCAGAUCAUCAAUGACCGCAUCUACCCAUAUGCCGCCAUCUCCUAUGAAGAGUGGAACGACCCUCCCAGUGUGAAGUGGGGCAGUGUGAGCAACCCUCUCUUCCUCCCACAUCCCCCCCAGUCUCAAGGUUUCACGGCCAUCGUCCUCACCUACGACCGAGUGGAGAGCCUCUUCCGGGUCAUCACAGAAGUGUCCAAGGUGCCCAGUCUUUCGAAGCUGCUAGUCGUCUGGAAUAAUCAGAAUAAAAACCCUCCGGAAGAUUCUCUCUGGCCCAAAAUCCGGGUUCCAUUAAAAGUCGUGAGAACUGCUGAAAACAAGUUGAGUAACCGUUUCUUCCCUUACGAUGAAAUCGAGACGGAGGCCGUUCUGGCCAUUGACGACGACAUCAUCAUGCUGACCUCUGAUGAGCUGCAGUUUGGUUAUGAGGUCUGGCGGGAAUUUCCUGACCGGUUGGUGGGUUACCCGGGCCGCCUGCAUCUCUGGGACCAUGAGAUGAGUAAGUGGAAGUACGAGUCCGAGUGGACCAACGAGGUGUCCAUGGUUCUCACUGGAGCAGCUUUUUAUCAUAAGUAUUUUAAUUACCUGUAUACCUACAAGAUGCCUGGGGACAUUAAGAACUGGGUAGAUGCUCAUAUGAACUGUGAAGACAUUGCCAUGAAUUUCCUGGUGGCUAACGUCACCGGGAAAGCGGUCAUCAAGGUAACACCACGAAAGAAAUUCAAGUGUCCUGAGUGCACAGCCAUUGAUGGGCUCUCGCUCGACCAGACACACAUGGUGGAGAGGUCUGAGUGCAUCAACAAGUUUGUCGUCUUUGGGACAAUGCCCCUUAAGGUGGUGGAACACCGAGCCGACCCCGUCCUGUACAAGGACGACUUUCCUGAGAAACUCAAGAGCUUCCCCAACAUUGGCAGCUUAUGAAACGUGUCACUGGUGGAGAUUGAAACACUAACCCUGGACAGAGGAGGAGCCCGCGGCCCCCCAGCACUCUGGUACCCGGACUUGAGAGUGGAAGGUGGGCACGGCCCCACGCAGCCUGCUGUCCCGAGAGCAGGAGCCUAGGACAUCUCAGCACCUCGAGCUGGGCAUCCUCCUUUCUGAUACUCUCGACGGGUUCCUUCUGAAAAGACCAGCUGGAUGGACGUGGCAGGCUCCGGGGGGAAGGCCGGCGCAGCCAUGCUUUGUCUGAGAGGAAACCUCACUGGCUGUGAGAGGGGUGGGACGAGAACCCUCCCAGCCCAUUUCAGAUUUGCGAAAUCAUGCAAGAGCUACCGUUUUUUCACUUUUUGUUAUUUCCAAUCAGUGGGUCUUCAGAGGAAAAGCCGAGCCCAGAAUUGGGUGCAAAAUGCAAACCUCCUAGUGGCGUUUGACAUAUGCCUCGGGACCCGGGGCCCUGGCCUCAUGUGGAGGAGGAGCACCAGCUGCUGAGUAGGGAUCCUGUAAGUUCCUCUUUGGUUUGGCUUUUUGAUAUUAAAAUUAUUUUUUAUUCUGUUUCCUACUAUGUCUUAAA